CCGGGAAGAUUUAAAAAGUCAGACUGGAUGGCAACAUUGUAUGCAUUUGUGUAUGGUUGUUAAACUGCAUUCCACUUACACCAUUGAAAGGGUCGUACGUAGAUCAGCACAGAACAUUCUCUGACAAUGUCAUACAGGCGAGAGCUAGAGAAAUACCGUGACCUGGAUGAAGAUGAAAUCCUUGGAGCCCUAACAGAGGAAGAACUCAGGACCCUGGAAAAUGAGCUGGAUGAGCUGGACCCUGAUAAUGCACUGCUGCCUGCUGGCCUGAGGCAGAAGGAUCAGACCACCAAGGCGCCCACGGGCCCCUUUAAAAGGGAGGAACUCUUGGAUCACUUGGAAAAGCAAGCAAAGGAGUUUAAGGACCGAGAAGAUCUGGUCCCCUACACAGGGGAGAAGCGAGGAAAGGUCUGGGUCCCCAAGCAGAAGCCGAUGGACCCUGUGCUGGAAACUGUAACGCUGGAGCCAGAGCUGGAGGAGGCCCUGGCCAACGCCUCAGAUGCAGAACUCUGUGACAUCGCAGCUAUCCUGGGCAUGCACACGCUCAUGAGCAACCAGCAGUACUACCAGGCCUUGGGCAGCAGCUCCAUCGUGAACAAGGAGGGACUCAACAGUGUGAUCAAACCUACACAAUACAAGCCCGUGCCUGAUGAAGAACCAAAUGCAACAGAUGUAGAGGAAACGCUGGAGCGGGUGAAGAACAACGACCCAAAGCUUGAAGAGGUCAACCUCAACAACAUCCGGAAUAUCCCCAUACCCACUCUCAAGGCAUACGCAGAAGCCCUGAAAGAGAACUCGUACGUGAAGAAGUUCAGCAUCGUGGGGACAAGGAGCAAUGACCCCGUGGCGUUUGCCCUUGCUGAGAUGCUCAAGGUGAAUAAGGUGUUGAAGACGCUGAACGUGGAAUCCAACUUCAUUUCUGGAGCUGGGAUCCUGCGCCUGGUGGAAGCUCUUCCAUACAACACUUCUCUGGUGGAACUGAAGAUCGAUAACCAGAGCCAGCCCCUGGGCAACAAAGUGGAAAUGGAGAUCGUGAGCAUGUUGGAAAAAAACGCAACGCUUCUCAAAUUCGGCUACCACUUCACCCAGCAGGGGCCCCGGCUGCGGGCGUCCAACGCAAUGAUGAACAACAACGACCUUGUGAGGAAGAGGAGGCUGGCCGACUUGACCGGGCCCAUCAUUCCCAAGUGCCGGAGUGGCGUCUAGUGUGUGCGCGUGCCAACCACGCCUUUGAACUGGACGUGUUCUACUGAUAAGCUGUGCUCUGCAGUGGAAGCCGGAAGGCAGAACGCCGGCACAAAAACUGUUGUGGUUCAGUUCUUUAUGCACUAAGGUUUUAGGUUAACUAGUGAUUGCAGUUGAAAUUUUUAUAAACUGUGGUUAAUGUGAAGUUUUUCUUUAGUCACAGAAGUUCAGUCUGAUUGUUAUUUAAAAACUAAGAAGCCCCCGAACCGGCAGAUCUCACCGAAGACGAUGUUAGAGCAGCAGUGACUUAGCCCCAGGAGCCCAGUUCCGGCGGCCUUGCUGUGUGGUAUUUCAGGUGCAUUUAACACGUGUAACACAUGAACAAACAGCACCCUCUUCCACGUGGUUUGAAAGCCUUAUAAAAUAUUUUAUUACAAGUUUGAUCUUAGCUCUUUAGCAAACACAACAGAUCAUCAUUCUUUAUUAACCCUCCUUUAAAUUUUAAGAACCUCAAGAUUAAAGUUGCCAAAUUGAUUACUGGAUCAAGAAUGCAAUUUUUUUCCCUCAAGAAAUAAAGACUGAAGCCACGAGCCCUGCCAGGAAUCAAAAAACAUAUGAGAUUCCUUAUGCUGGAUAUGAGGAAAUAACAGAAAAAGCCACUGGUGAGAUUUUAAACUUUAAAAACUGAUCCUUUUUUUUUUUUUUAAACCAACUCCAGGUAACAAACAUUUCCUUGAGUGUUCUUUAUGAACAUCUGGGAUUAAUUUACAAUUAAUACUGGAGUCAGAAAGAAUGUUUUCUUUAUCAAAUGCCAACCUUAUGAUGGAUGUGACAACCUAUGGCCAAAUACUUGAAAACACCUUUCUCUAUUGUACAGUGGGCCGAUGCCUUAUAUGAAGUAAACACGAAAGACAGCUUUCUAGUACAUCAUGGCUUAUGCUUACAGACGCCAACUACCUGUUGCAUCGCUUCUUAGACAAGUCACUGCUAAUCUCAUGCCUGUAAAUUAAGCCUCUAAAGGCCAAUGGUGAAGAAAAUCUAGAUAUUUAAGAAUUAGGAAACCUGGCCAAAACAUCCUAAGAUGAUUAUUCUGAAAAUGUAAUUUUGGCAUUUCUGCCGGAUCCCUUUUUAACAUCAUGUGCAUCUCUUAGGAUCCAGCAAAAAUGUUAAGCCACAAUGCCCUUGUGCCUUUUAAUAUACCACAGUGCCAGUUAAAGUAGUAUUUCUGUUGCUUGGGGAUUUAUUUUCAUGAGUGAUUCAGCAAAUCUUAUGAUAAAGGACAGGCCAAAGAGCUGAUGAUCACAGACUAAGCUGCAGAGCACUGAGCAGAGAGAGAGGCUUUUAAAGAAAAAGGAAAAGUCUUGUACACUGAACUGUAAUGAUGUGGACAGUACAGGGUAACCAGAGGUGGAGCCAGGGCCUCACCACCACGAAGGAGUGUCUACUGAGGCUGCAGACGGGCCCGGGAGCGGCUCCGUGCUGCAGGAAUGGCCAGCCCCACUCGGCUUCUCCUUGAAACACAAUUGCAGCUGUAUUCUGCAUCACUGGAAACUGCAAUAUAAUAUUAAAUCUGUUGGUCUAUGAACGGC